GUUCUGUUGUUGGAAGCCACUGGGAAGCGCCAGCGCCUUCCAAUGUCAAUUAAAUAAGCAAAACGCGAAGAAAAAGAAAAGCCGAGCGGAGAGUCUCGUUGCCGCGGACGAACAGAAACCAGGAAAUAAGGCCUACACCAUUACCAACGCCACCGCUCCCGCACCUCUGCGAUCAUCCGCACAUCCACAUCCGAGUCCGGACGAGGCUGCACGGCGGACAGGAAGAGCGUAACCGGAGGAACACCCUUCAAAAGUCCAGUGAGCCAGUGGUAGCUACCCGUUCGAGAUGCCCCAGAUGAGGGCAGCGGCCGCUGAGGCGGUGGCCGCCGGCAGCGCCAAUGGGCAGCCGCUGGUCAAGAUCGGACACUACCUGCUGGGCGCCACCUUGGGCACCGGCACCUUCGGCAAGGUUAAGAUAGGCGAGCACCAGAUCACCCGCGUCAAGGUGGCGGUCAAAAUACUCAAUCGGCAGAAGAUCAAAAGCCUGGACGUCGUGGGCAAGAUCCGGAGGGAGAUCCAGAACCUGAAGCUCUUCCGCCAUCCACACAUCAUCAAGCUGUACCAGGUCAUCUCCACGCCCUCGGACAUAUUUAUGAUAAUGGAGUACGUUAGCGGCGGCGAGCUAUUUGACUACAUCGUGAAGCACGGCAAGCUACAGGAGCAUCAGGCGCGUCGCUUCUUCCAGCAGAUCAUAUCGGGCGUGGACUACUGCCACCGGCACAUGAUCGUGCACCGGGACUUGAAGCCGGAGAACCUGCUGCUGGACCACAACAUGCACGUGAAGAUCGCAGACUUCGGACUAUCGAACAUGAUGCUGGACGGUGAGUUCCUGCGCACCUCGUGCGGCUCACCUAACUACGCGGCCCCAGAGGUGAUCUCCGGCAAGCUUUACGCCGGACCCGAGGUAGAUAUAUGGUCGUGUGGCGUCAUCCUGUAUGCCCUGCUGUGCGGGACUCUGCCCUUCGACGACGAGCACGUUCCCACGCUGUUCCGCAAAAUUAAGUCGGGCAUCUUCCCGAUACCCGAGUACCUCAACAAGCAGGUGGUUAACCUGGUGUGCCAGAUGCUGCAGGUGGACCCGCUAAAGCGGGCCAACAUUGAGGAGAUAAAGAAGCACGAGUGGUUCCAAAAGGACCUUCCGGCCUACCUAUUCCCCUCGUCCAUUGAGCAGGACUCCAAUGUGAUCGACACCUACGCGGUGGCCGAGGUCUGCACUAAGUUCGGCGUCAAGGAGACCGAGGUGCACAACUCGCUGCUCAGCGGCGAUCCGCACGACCAGCUGGCCAUUGCUUACCAUCUGAUUAUCGACAACAAGCGCUUCGCCGACGACGCGGCAAACCAGAUAAAUGAGAUCAACAACUUCUUUGUGGCCGGUUCGCCGCCACCCCCGCCUCCGCCGCCCGUUCCCCAGUCAAUGAUGGACCACCAGGCCCCUCUGGCCACCGUGACCGUGGGUGGAGGUACUGCAGCCAGCUCGGGUUCCGCCACGCCCGUGCCGCCGACCACUGGCGGCACUCCCAGCAGCACCAUUCGGCCACAUCCGGAACGAAUCGCGCCGAUGCGGGACCGCCAGCUGGCCAUGUCCGUGCAGACUUCGGGCGGCGGAGCAUUCCCCGAGAAAACCGCACGCGGCGGUACGCCCAUCAAGCGCGCCAAGUGGCACUUGGGUAUCCGGUCGCAGAGCAAGCCCAAUGACAUCAUGCUGGAGGUGUACCGGGCGAUGAAGGCCCUCAGCUACGAGUGGAAGAUCAUCAAUCCUUACCACGUGCGGGUGCGACGGCAAAACGUUAAGACGGGCAAGUUCUCGAAGAUGUCGCUGCAACUGUACCAGGUCGACGCCAAGAGCUAUCUGCUGGAUUUUAAGUCGCUGACCAACGACGAGGUCGAGCAGGGCGACGACGUCAUCAUGGAGAGCCUCACUCCGCCACCGCUUAGCGUUUCUGGGGUGAUGCCGCUGCAGCCGACCGGCCACCACACCAUGGAGUUCUUCGAGAUGUGCGCCGCCCUGAUUAUCCAGCUGGCGCGCUAAGGAGGAUUGGGUGACCGCCGUCGGCCGCAGCGGAUUCAAUGGGAUCUUCUUGGUUGGCGGUCUCCAUUUGGACCGCCCUGAGGAUUGACCAUGACCCGGAAGACUCAGUCCCACAAAAGAAAGCUGCAUAUGUUUUUCAUGGGCUUAAACACUUGACUUAAUUCUUCAAUUCGAUGCGAUCACUGCUGAUUUCAAUCGGAAUCUAAAUUUUAAAAAAAAUUUGAUUUCGAUUCGAAAUAUGCAUUUUGUCCGAUUAUCUUUGAAUUGAACUAUCAUAAAAAAAAUGUUUGCAUGCACAAGUACCCCUGUUGCCGUUCUGAAAGUACAAUUGGAAAAUAUUUCCAAACUGGUUUUUUAUUUUGUCAUUAAAUGUAUUUUUUCGGAAAUGUGCAAUUCGAUUCCAAAAAACGACGGCAGCACUGAAUAGCCUUUAAACCUUGAACGACACUUUUUGAACGACAAACCAGCUUUUGAACUACGAGUCCAGCUUUCUUUUGUGCGACUGUGUAAUCUAAAUAAAAUGUUUUUUAUUACGAACGCCCGCCAGCCGUUAACGCUACGCUACCGUUACCCGCUUCGCCGUAUCCAUUUCCGCUUCCGGUUAGUCUAAGUUUGUAUGUUUUGCCACGCACCGCACGGCCGGCGGGCUUCGAUCUGUUUCUAUUUCAAUUUCUGUUUAUAUAUACAUGUUGAGUUAUUAUUUUACCCGAAUCCAAACCGUAUGUGUACGUAUAUUUGUAUUAUGCCCAACGAAUUGUAAUCCGAACCUUUUCUGGGGGAUGUAAGAUUGUAAUCAGCUUGGGGCGAGCGAUUUUUAUGUAUCUGUAUAAACCAAGCCACAAUAAAGAGAUCCACUAAUAUUCUAAA